CAGCAGCAUGAGGAGGCGGUACAGGGGCCCAUGACAGAUUACGGGCCUGGCAGCAGCAUGAGGAGUCGGUACGGGGGCCCAUGGCAGAUUACGGGCCUGGCAGCAGCAUGAGGAGGCGGUACAGGGGCCCAUGGCAGAGUGGCGGAGCGAGGCAGCAGCAAUGGAAGGCCAUACAGCACCCUAUCACAAAAUGGAACCCACCAACAGUGUAAGGAGACCUGAAAGUGGCACAUGGCGCAGGGUGGCGGUGGAGGCAGCAGUAUUCGGAAGCCAUACACAGGCCUAGGUUAAAAAGCGGAAGCCGUCAGCAGCGUGA